GGCGCAUGCUCGGUGUCUUGGUUGUUGGUCCAGGCUCAGGCUGCCCUGUUUUGCAUCUCUCGGGGGGUUCUGUGAGGCGUCUUCCGCUGUCUGGCAUCACCUGGAGCCUAGGCUUCGCAGACCAUUCUCGGGAUUGGUCUCUGAAUAGCCGUGAGGAUGCCGAUCAACAAGUCAGAAAGGCCAGAUUCUAAUGACAAUGUUAAGGUUGUGGUGCGAUGUCGUCCUUUGAACGAAAGAGAGAAGGCUAUGAGCAGCAAGAUGGCAGUACAUGUGGAUGAAAUAAGGGGAACAAUUACUGUACAUAAAGUGGAUUCAAUGAAUGAGCCUCCAAAGACAUUCACAUUUGACACAGUUUUUGGGAUAGAUAGCAAACAGCUGGAUGUUUACAACUUAACAGCAAGACCUAUUAUUGAUUCUGUACUUGAAGGCUACAAUGGAACUAUCUUUGCAUAUGGACAGACUGGAACAGGCAAAACAUUCACAAUGGAAGGAGUUAGAGCCGUCCCUGAACUCAGAGGGAUCAUCCCAAAUUCCUUUGCUCACGUAUUUGGACAUAUCGCUAAAGCUGAGGGAGACACAAGAUUUUUGGUCAGAGUAUCAUAUUUGGAAAUUUACAAUGAAGAAAUUAGAGACUUGCUUGCAAAAGACCAAUCUCAAAGAUUAGAGGUAAAAGAGAGACCUGAUGUGGGCGUUUACAUCAAAGACUUGUCUGGUUAUGUUGUUAACAAUGCAGAUGAUAUGGAUAGGAUCAUGACAUUAGGACACAAGAACCGUUCUGUUGGUGCUACAAACAUGAAUGAACACAGCUCUCGUUCCCAUGCUAUUUUUACAAUUACUAUUGAAUGCAGUGAAAAGGGUGCUGAUGGAAACAUUCAUGUUCGCAUGGGCAAGCUUCAUCUUGUUGACCUCGCAGGUUCUGAACGACAGGCAAAGACUGGCGCAACUGGUCAAAGACUCAAAGAAGCCACAAAAAUUAAUCUUUCACUUUCUACACUGGGCAAUGUAAUAUCUGCUUUGGUUGAUGGAAAAAGUACUCAUGUGCCGUACAGAAAUUCAAAACUGACUAGACUGUUGCAAGAUUCAUUGGGCGGCAACUCCAAGACUAUGAUGUGUGCAAAUAUUGGCCCUGCAGAUUACAACUAUGAUGAAACCAUUAGUACAUUAAGAUAUGCAAACAGAGCUAAAAAUAUUAAAAAUAAAGCUAGAAUCAAUGAAGAUCCUAAAGAUGCAAUGUUGCGGCAGUUUCAGAAAGAAAUUGAAGAUCUUAAAAAGAAACUUCAGGAAGGGGAGGAAAUUUCUGGUUCUGAUGAUAGUGGCUCAGAUGAAGAAGAUGACGAAGAUGGAGAAAUUGGAGAGGAUGGAGAAAAGAAAAAAAGGCGACGAGGCAGUUGCAGCAGCAGUAGCAACUCAGACACUACAGUGAUAGAGAGACCAGUGGAUAAGUACAUUUCUAGCAAAAAGAAGGUGUCUCCAGAUAAAAUGGCUGAAAUGCAGGCACGGAUUGAUGAAGAAAGGAGAGCUCUUGAAGCAAAACUAGAUAUGGAAGAAGAAGAAAGAAAUAAAGCAAGAGCAGAACUGGAAAGGAGAGAAAAAGAUUUGCUUAAAGCACAACAAGAACAUCAAUCUCUUCUUGAAAAGUUGUCAACAUUAGAGAAAAAGGUCAUUGUUGGAGGUGUGGACCUGCUGGCCAAAGCAGAAGAACAAGAGAAACUUCUAGAUGAAUCAAAUUUGGAACUCGAACAGCGUAGAAAACGUGCUGAGAAGCUUCGUAAAGAGUUAGAAGAAAAAGAGCAAGAACGUUUGGAUAUUGAAGAAAAAUACACAAGCUUACAGGAGGAGGCACAAGGCAAAACCAAAAAGCUGAAGAAGGUUUGGACAAUGCUUAUGGCAGCAAAAUCUGAAAUGGCAGAUCUGCAGCAAGAACACCAAAGAGAAAUUGAAGGAUUGUUGGAGAACAUCAGACAACUGAGUAGAGAGCUUCGGCUACAAAUGAUUAUCAUUGAUAGUUUUAUUCCUCAAGAAUAUCAGGAAAUGGUUGAAAAUUAUGUUCACUGGAAUGAAGAUAUUGGAGAAUGGCAAUUGAAAUGUGUUGCAUAUACAGGAAACAAUAUGAGAAAACAAACCCCUAUACCGGACAAGAAAGAAAAAGAUCCAUUUGAAGUAGAUUUGUCUCAUGUGUACCUGGCAUACACAGAAGAGAGUCUCCGUCAGUCAUUACUUAAGUUGGAAAGGCCAAGAACUUCAAAGGGGAAGUCAAGACCUAAAACUGGUAGAAGGAAACGCUCUGCAAAGCCAGAAGCUGUGAUCGAUUCAUUACUUCAGUAACUCUUCUCUGUUGGAUGAAGAUGUGGAACCUGAAUGAAUUAAGUGUGUUGGUGUAGUAACCAGCCUACAAAUGGAAUAUACAUUUCAUUGUGAUUGCCUGUGAAGUUUAGUAAGGGAAUGCUUUUCUGGAUAUAAUUUAACAGGCACCAGGACAUUUUACUAAUACGUGAUUGUUGAGCUGUGAAUGAAUUUGGGUUACCUAGACAACUGUUAGCCAAAUUUUAAGAAUAGUAUACAUUUUAAAAUGAACUGUUUCAAUUCAUGGGUGCCUGCUAAUGUUUUUUUCCCAUGUAUUCAUAUACAUUAUAUUAUGCAUGCAUACAUAUAUACAUGUAUGUAUGUAUUAUAUACAUAUAUACAUACAUAUAAACUUCAAGCUGGGAACCAUCAAGGCAAUUAUAUGAUGGGAACAGUUUAUUGGAUAUGUUGAGUAAACACUUAUGAAAUAAGGCAAUAUGUUUACCAAUCUCUGGACUGCUGUGAAUUGUUUUCAAAAGACAAUUCUUGGACCAUUGUGCUUGCUCCUAAACUCUACAUGUAGCUGUUCAUCACUUUUCUCACUACUUCCAGUUAAAGUAACCACUCUAUUUUUAGUUCUUUCACUAAAAGAAUAUCUUGAACAGGCUCUCUCUGUUGGUGAUACACAAUUGGUCAAACAAGGUAUUUAAUGUACAUAUAUGAGAAUGGUGUUUGCUACUGUUUCCCACUGACCUUUAGGGCAUAUUCUGGUUGUCAUCUUACAUAGGAUAUAUUAUUUGUAUAUUUUUUGAUAGCAGGACACAUUUUGUACAUGGAAUGUCUCCCAAACUGCAAUGUCUCUAUUGCUGCAGUGUUAACAUGUCCAGAAUGUGACUUCAGCAAUGUUGCAGGCAUCAUUGCUCCUGGGAAGUGGCUUCCAUUACCCUCUUGGAUUCCAUGAAUCACAUCCCUUUCUGGAAUUCUAUGCGUUAAACCUAUUCCCAAACUUUAUCCCUAACUUUACCUGAUGUUUAGAUCUUCGCCCGUGUGGUCAGAUACCAUGCUGGUUUAAUAAUUUGAUUGCUGUGCAAAUUCCUCUUUUUGUCUAGAUAAAGAACCUGUUUAAAAUAAAGAAUAAUACAGGGUGAUAAUGAAAAAAAGCCUCUGUAUUAUAUAUAACUGUUAAUCUUAACUAGAACUAACCAUGUAAUACACUGGUAUGUUAUGGAAAUAUUUGCAAACAUUUGUUUAGUUAAAACCGUCAAUUGUAUUUAAUUUAAUAUUUAAUAUAAAUGAUGUGUACACAAUUUACCCUAACUAUAUAGGAUGUUAAAAAUUACUAUUAUGUUAGGGAGUCCAGCUACUGUACUCAAGAGUGUAAACAGGCAAGGUCGUGAUGUCUUUGCUUAAGCAGAAUGAAUUAAUUAAAUUUGCCUAGGAUUGAUACAAAAUUCCUUGCAUGCUUGCAGCCAUAGAGAACAGGGUUUUAUACCAUUUGAUAUAGUGCCACAGUGCAAAAUGAAAUCAAGUUGUUCCACUGUUUUAUAUGAACUUUGACCUUUGACUACAAUUACUAACUAAGGCACUUCAUUAUAUUGCAGUCUUUUGAUCAGUCUUUUUUUAUAGUUACUUUUAUUUUUGGUGUAUUAGCAUGUUAAACUUAUCUCAUUAUGCUAUAUGAUUUCAACAGUAUUUUCAAUUUGAGAUUUUUACAUUAAAUAUGAGUCAGUAUCCAGCUUGCUUAAAAGCUUCACAGCUAAAGGGAGCUGGACACACACCACUGAAAUGUGUUGCUAGUCACUCAGGUAGUCACAUGGGUAGGUGCACAAAUCAGCAAAUACAGUAGUGACUAACUUGGGUUAUAUCUUUUUCCCAGGUAUACAAAAAUAGAUUGUGUUUAAUAUAGAACUCCCUAAAGAAUGACCAUAUAUCUUAAUUUAUAUUUUAAAUACACUUUUCAUAAAGGCACAGCCGUUAGGAAUUUAAGGUCCACAGAUCAAUACAGACAAGGUUUAUAAAGCUCCACCGCCAGGCCUCCUUGUUUCAGUGAAGCACUUAGUGCACAGGAUGCUUUGACCUCAGUCCCAAACUUUAUAGGAAUGGUUAUCAUUCCAUAACUUUCAUUUUGGGAAGCGAUCUUCUACUAACGCAUGAAGUGCUUUUUACAAAAAGCGGCUUUAUCAUUUCUGGAGUAUUCAUCAACAUAUGUGUUUGUAUACAUUUAUGUGAUUUUAAACUGAGAACAGAUUGUUUAGUAUAUGUGGUAAUACUGUAAUAAUGGUUAUUCUAUGAGGAGACCUAAAAUGAUCACCCUCUAACUUUUGUAUAGCAAAACGUUUGCUUGUGAUUGCUAUCAUAUGUUAAGAAAUUUAACUGUUUUGUGCAGCCACAGCUUUUGAUUAUCAGCAAAAUGUUUAAAAGUGAAAACAGCUACUUGUUAACCUGCAAAAUAGUGUAAGACAUUUAAUGUAAUUUCUCCAUUUGUUACAGAAUGCUGCACAGUCAAUUUGAAAACAAAUUACUGUUCAUGAUUAUUUUUAUUUAUUGCACUUAUUUAUAAACCAAUAGCAUAUCUUGUAUGACUACACUGAUUGAUGUUGAGUGUUUUAGCAUAAAACACAAUUAUUGGCUGUCAUUUCAGUCAUUUUUCAAUGGUUCUCUAAAUAAGGGAAAAGGUUUGUUGCAGUACACCAGAUUAUGAGUAUACAAAUAUACCAAAAUAUUAUGGAAGUCCUGUUUGUCAUGACUAUGGGACUUGGAUAGUUCUAGCGCUACCUAAAAUUGAAUGCCUCCGUUCUAACAGAUCUGUGUUGUGUGAAUUUAAUAGAGUAUUCUAAAUAAAGUCAACUUGUACUCUGUCA